AUGUCAGAUCCUCAAGAAAAGCAGACCCUUGGUUUGCAACAGCCGCAAUCAUCAAUGCCAGACCCUGAAGCAGAUCCCCCGCUCAAUUACACCAAUUCCCGACAAAGUUCAAUCGUCGAGGAAGAGGAAGAGGGAUUCACAUAUCCAGAUGGAGGCACCACAGCCUGGUUGCAAGUCCUAGCCUCACACUUGAUCAACCAAAUCGCCUGGGGUUACCCCUCCUCAUACGGUGUCUACCAGCUCUACUACACCACCACCCUCAGCCUCCCCUCAUCUCAGGCAUCAUGGAUAGGCUCGAUCCAGAUCUUUCUCACUUUCGGCAUCUGCGCGCUAUCGGGCCGCCUAGCCGACGCAGGCUACACCCGUCACGCCGUCAUCGUCGGCCUAUUCAUGGCCGUGAUGGGGACAUUUCUGACCAGUUUCUGCCACGCAUACUGGCAAAUCUUCCUUGCACAGGGCUUAUGCACCGGACUCGGGAUGGGCAUCAUGUUUAUGCCGGGGAUCACCAUCGUCGGCUCGUACUUUAAGAGGCGCAAGACUCUAGCGCUCUCCAUUGUUACCACUGGGACAGGCCUCGGCUCUGUUACAUUUCCUAUUCUGCUGAAUUACACAAUGCCACAUGUGGGCUUUGCGUGGGCUGUGAGGUGCCAGGCCUUGAUGAUGCUGAUACUUGGUGUUAUUGCGAUUGCGCUGAUGAGACCGCGGCUGGCGCCUAGGAAGAAGGGUCCUUUGAUCGAGUGGGGUGCCUUUAAAGAACGGUCCUAUACGUGUUUCGCUAUCGGGAGCUUCUUCGUGUUCCUGUCUCUUUACUUCAGUCUCUUCUAUAUGAAUGUCUUUGCCCGCGAGGUCAUUGGGCUUUCUUUCACUGAAUCUGUCUCCUUGCUGCUGAUUCUGAACUCGUCAGGAAUACCCAGUCGCGUUCUCUCCGGAUUCAUAGCUGGGCGCUAUCUGGGCUCGAUAAAUAUGUUCAUCAUCAGCAACGUGGUUGUGAGUGGUAUGUACUUUGCAUGGAUUGGAGUCCACACAAGUCCUGGGCUUUACGUCCUUAGUGUCUUCUUCGGCAUCGCAAACGGUUUCGUACAAGGCGUCUUUACACCUGCCCUGGCGAGUCUGACUGUAGACCCCACGAAGAUGGGAGCACGCUUCGGAAUGGUCGCGACAAUUGUGGGUGUGGCUUCCUUAGCAGGGCCUCCUAUCGCUGGCGCGAUCCUCGACGUGUCUGGUGGAAAGUAUAUCUGGGCGCAGAUCUGGGCGGCUGUGAUAACUUUGUUAGGCGUUGGAAGUCUGUUUGCUGCUAGAAUAGCGGCCGUUGGGAAUGUCUUGAGAGCAAAGGUUUGA